CCUCUCUCACUCUCUCACUCACACUCUCACUCUCACUCUAUAUCAGCCCCCUUCACUCUCACCUACAUCCUCUAUCCUCACUCUUCCUCUCUCAUCAUCCCCCUCAUCCACCUCACCCACCAACCGUCCUCCUCGUGAGGCACACCUUUCACUCAACUUACCACCAUCAGAAUGGACCUCACGCCCUUACCCCCCUCGGACAGCAUGCGCCGCUCGUCUUCCCCCCUCUCGACGACCAUGUCGGAGGCCACCGAGGGCUCGAUCAUGUCGUACCCCACCACCUCGGCGGGUGGCAAGAAGCAGCAGCGCACCGGCGGUGGUGACAAAGGCGACAAGAACAUGACGGGCAACAAGGACAACGCCAACGCCAGCGACACGGACACGGCACAGCAGCAGCAGCAGCAGCAGUCGACUGUUGGCUUCGUCCUUCCCCGUAUCCAGUCCCUCUGCCCCGACUCGGACGAGGACGGCGACACGACCGACGACGACGAGCUGCUCCGUGCUUCCAAGCGCGAGCUGGCCAAGAUUCUCAAGAGCAAGAACAAGGGGCGUUCUGCAGUCGAGUCGUACGUCACCUCCGAGGAGGAGGACGGGGACGAAGGCAAGGAGAACUGCAACUCGGAGGACGACGGAGACAUCGACAUCGACUGCGAGAGCGAUGCCUUCGAGGCGUGUUCCGACGACGACGAGGAGAUGAACCUCGACGAGGACGAGGAUGCGUCGGACGAGGACCUCGACUUUAACGACGACGAGGAGCACAGCGAGGAAGACAGCGAGAUGGAGGCCGAGUGUGACUGCGGCAUUUGCGGUCACGACGCUUCGUCGUGCGAGGACGACAGCGAGCGCUCGCACGACUCGGAUGAGGAGAGCAACCUCGACAACGAGCUGAGCGAUGACGACGCGCCAGAGGUUAGAAACGAGGGCGCUACGGCGGGCAAGCCCACUCCGCAGCCUCGCCAGACGUCGUUCCUCGCCGCAAUUUCCAGUCGCGGCAGCAAGUCGUCCAUCUCGAGCGCGCCGACUCCCAAGGUCGUCACGCCCCCUGAUGUUGAGGAGUGGUCGCCCGUCAUGGUUUACAAGAAGCCUAGCAGCUCUGCCCCCCGCCCGACCGCCAAGCCAUCCACUGGUGGGGCUGGCGGUGCGGUCUCGCCAGCUACUGCCCCAGGUCCCGAUUGGAGAUGCGGCGUGUGUUUGGGCCGCAACUCCGACUCUGACAAGGAGAUGUGCUUCAUCUGCGAGACGCCUCGCCCGAACGCGGCGGCCACUCCUGAGAUCGGUCGCGGCGAGGGGGCUCCCAAGCGCGGCGACAUGACGCCGACCACGCUCAACAUCACUGGCACCAAGACGAUUGCCCUCCCGACCUUUACCACCCCGCUGGCACUUCCCCCUCUCGACUCGAUCGAGCUCCCUGUGUUCGGCCCCCGUAUCAGCCUCAACAAGGGGACCGCUACCCCCAAGACUGUGACGCCGCCCACUGGGGCCCUCGCUACGCCCACGAACACUUGCACCCGCCGUCCCGAGGAGGACAAAGGCAACGUCAGUGGUGGCAAUGUUCCUGUCAAGAAGUCUGCCCCGCCAUCUUCCAACGCCUCUCGCAAGGGUCUCAUGGUCAAGCGCGUCACCCCGACGGCUGCAGCGGCGGGGCGUUCUCUACUCGAAGCUACGCUGCAGCGCCACCGCCUGCGCGACCUGUUCAACACCCACCAGAGCACUGCGCCGGCCCCACCUACCAACACCCAGACGUCGGCGCGCAGCCAGCCUCCUACGACGCAGGCGCAGACACCGAGCCAGGCCCAGAAUCCGACCCAAGCCCACCAGAGCACCGACGAGGACUGCCACUGCAGCAUCUGCCUUCGUGACAAGAGCCCCGACAACAUCACCAUUCCCAACCUGCCCCGCCUCCGCAUCUUUGAGGAGCUCACCGAUGGCAUCGACUCGCACUUUGACGACUUAAUGCACCAGCAGAUUGGUGACGGUCUCAAGCGCCGCCGUGAGGUCAUCGUCAAGGACAUUGACCGCGCGCGUGCGAAGCGCAUGAAGAAGGAGAAGAAGGCGAACAAGCACAUUAGCGAGGCGGACGCCAAGGUCCAGGCUGAGACGGAGAAGGUCGAGGCGGCGCGCGCGGCGCUCACCGAGGCGGAGAAGGGGCUCGAGGGCGCGUGCAACGUUCGUCACGCGGCGGUGGCCGAGCUGAACGAGCUUCGCAACACGGCGCUCGUGAUUGGCGAACAGUCGGCGGCCGACAUUAUCGCCGCCCACAACGAGCAGGUUGGCAAGUUUGCCGCCGGCUUUGGGUGGAACGAGACGAUGGCCUGAGGGGUGGGGCGAAGCAGCAAGUAUUGGAAGGCGCAGCAUAGUAUCAUGGAGCCGAGCACGAGCACGAGAACAACGAGAGCCAGCAUGUGGAGGG